AAAGAUGUCACGAACACCAGACUUAUAGCGACACGCACCCAGAGGCCCUCUUUACUCCCAAACAUGAACUCCAGUCUGCACAGACAGCCGGAUGUUCCUCAAAAAGCCAGAUUUGACCGCUGGCUCGCGCCCGACCUUGUCUCCAGAUGAGGUCCUUCUAUUCGUACAGGAUGGGGUUGGGCUCUAUGAAGGAAAAUACAAGAUCGACUCUUGCCAGAAAGGACAUGCCUAUUUGACCUCCCAUCGCGCUUGUUAUGUCGACGAUGCAGAUCCUCGGGCCAAUUCAUGGGCCGUUGAUCUUAAAGAUGUUGAGAAACACGAGUUCCAGGCUGGGUUCCUCAAAUCCUCGCCGAAGGUCACCCUGUUUCCCAAGCCACCGAAACGAAGGUUUGGCUCGAUAAGCAGAGCUGGGCCGUCACAGUCCCCUAGCUUCCAGAGGGUGGCAUCUUCUUCAACUCCGUCAACACGCGCCUCCAGUCCGUUUCGUUCAUCAGCAAUCUCCCCUACUCCGACACCGCUGGUUAUAGGCACUUGGGUAUGCCCCAUCUGCUCUUUCUCUAAUCCUGUACCCUCCAAUUUUGAUCCUACAAUCGCAACCGAGUCUUUUCCCCUACCGCCUUGUUUGGCUUGCGGUAUCAAGCCACCCUUUUCACUUGUACUCAAAGCAGCUAUUGCUGCGAAUGCGAAGCGGAUCCCCGAAACCAGACCAGAGUCAAUCAACCUCACAGCCGACUCACAGACCCAGUCUUAUGGAGAUGAAGUCUCAUCGGAAAGCAUCACUUGUCCCCGGUGUACGUUUCACAAUCAUCCUUGGAUGCGCAUCUGUGAGCUAUGCUCUGCACCACUUCCGGUGCCAGACUCUAUACCUAGAAAGGCGCUUGAAGACUCGUUGGGUCGGUCUGAGUCACCAGGACCUGAAAUCUCCGGCCUUACGUUGGAGGAAGAGCAUGAGAGUCCAAGCGUCAAGUUUUCCUUUCGGAAUGGCGGUGACCGAGUUUUUUACGAGCGACUCAAAAAUGCAAUGAUACAGAGAAAGUGGUUGUUGCAGAAUGCGCCGCCCAUACCACGCCCUGACGCUGAGCGUGCGCCAACACCACUUGGUAGUACAAGCCCUGUGCCACCAUCUGAGUCUCGAGCAGUGGCCGUUGGUAUUGCCGGGCUUGAGCAACGUGGACUUCAAACUCGCAAGAACAACGAAGCGGUGCUGGGCAAUGCUUUUGAAGAUCUGGAGGCCUUGAUGGCGUCAGCCAAAGAUGUCGUUGCUCUGGCAGAGCGAUUUGCCCUAGAGUCAGGAUCACAGACUGGUGUUCCCAGUACCUCGUCCGACCCUCUUCUAUCCCAGUCGGCGGCAGCCCUUGGCAUGGUUGCAACGAAAGAUAUGAUCGGGGACAACUCCACUGCACUCUACAUUUCGGAACUGGCAAGAAAUCUAGCCGAAUAUGCUACGGACGACCGACAGGGAGUAUUACGACGUCAAGGUGGCACAAUGAGUCUGGUUGACCUGUGGGCAAUAUUCAACAGGAGUCAGAAUGGCGUGGAGCUAGUCAGCCCAUCUGAUUUUCACAAAGCGGCCGAAGCAUGGGAAAAGCUGGGCCUGCCUAUCAAACUCCGGCGUUUCAAGAGCGGCCUUUUGGUAGUGCAACAGCGCAAUGCAAGUGACGAGAAAACGAUCGGCCAGAUCAAGGCAUGGCUCGAUUCACUACGGCUUUCGACGGCUGCUACGUCGCCAGAGGCAUGGGACAGGUCAGUGUAUGGUAUUGGGGUAACAGCGCAGCAGGCAGCUGCGCAGUUUGGCUGGAGCCUUGGUGUUGCCGCUGAAGAACUUGAAAUGGCAGAGGAGAGAGGUGCCCUGUGUCGGGACGAAGGGGUGGAAGGCCUGAAGUUUUGGCUCAACUACCUGAUCGAAGAUGACUAGAUAGAUCUGUAUGAGGACAUUAGUAUCCAGUCUCCUUGUA